GCUGCAGAAGAAGCCAUUAGAAUGUGUGAGAAACAUCUCCACACUCAGCACUGGAGCGACUCAAAUGACAUUUAUUAUUGCAACUAAUGGUCAUUUACGGUAUCGGGCUGCCGUUUUCACACAAGCAACAGUAUGUCCGUGCAUUUUGAGGAGAGGAGCGGUGUGAUCCCGUGUAAAACAGCAUGGGGCUCGUGGUAUCAGACUAUGGAAGAGGUUUUCAUCGAAGUAGAUGUUCCUCCUGGUACUUCAGCCAAAGAGGUCAAGUGUAACAUCGGGAGUAAACAGAUAGAGCUUCAUGUAAGAGGCCAACAAAUGUUCAAGGUGUGGACGAGCAUCAACAAAACAGGGAAGCUGUUUGGAUCCACAGUUGGUGAUGAAGCUACAUGGACAUUGGAAGACAAAAAAUUGAUCCGGAUAGUUCUGAUAAAAACUAACCGAGAGGCUGGGAACUGCUGGCAGUCUCUGUUAGAAGGAGAGUAUGCAGCUGAUCCAUGGGUGCAGGAUCAGAUGCAGAGAAAGCUUACACUAGAGAGGUUUCAGAGAGAGAACCCUGGAUUUGACUUCAGCGGGGCGGAGAUCUCUGGGAACUUUCAUGGUGGUGGACCAGAUUUCUCAAGUUUGCAAAAAUAGAAUGGACAACCACCGCAUUUAUUCCAGUUCAAGUUUGAAAAUUAAAAAGCAUAUAAUGAUGUCUGGCUGUUGAUAUAAAGCCAUAAUCUAUCACAAGCAGCCUUUUAAGUAAAGCCUUUAUGGACAUUAAGCUUUAGAAACGCCAAGUUCUUUUUUUUUUUUUUUUGCAAUUGCCACCACAGCGGUUUGGAUUGUUGGGUCAGCCAUCCUUUAAAUCAC